UUGAUAGUGGCUUCAAUUCUGCUCAGAAUAGGAUUUUUCCUCUUUGGUCUUUAUCAAGAUGCUACAAUGGAUGUGAAGUACACAGAUAUCGAUUACUUGGUCUUCAGUGAUGCUGCCAAAUACGUCUACAAUGGCAAGUCGCCAUAUGUUAGAGAGACAUACCGUUACACUCCACUGUUGGCGUGGAUGUUGGUACCCAAUGCCAUGAGUGACAUGUCGUAUUCAUUUGGGAAAGUGUUAUUUGUGAUUAGUGACUUGAUUACUGGGUUAUUGAUUUUGAAGAUCCUUGACUUGAUUCAAUUAUCACAGAUCAAGAAAACGAUAUUAGCAUCUAUUUGGCUGUUGAAUCCAAUGGUGAUUACUAUCAGUACAAGAGGAAGCUCGGAAAGCGUUUUAACUGUGUUUAUUAUGAUCUUUGUGUACCUUUUGAUCAAGAAACAAGUUGCAUUGAGUGGUAUUUUCGCUGGUUUAGCUGUUCAUCUCAAAAUUUAUCCAAUUAUUUACAUACCAACAGCCAUCAUAUAUCUAUCUGCACCUUCAACAAACAUGAAUUUCAUUCAACAAAUCAUUUCAUUCAUCAACAAAAAAUCAAUCAUAUUCACAGUAUGCUCUGGGGUUUCAUUUGUUUCAUUAGGUGCCAUUAUGUACCAAAUAUAUGGACAAGAGUUUCUAGAGCAUUCAUACAUCUAUCAUUUAUCAAGAUUAGAUCAUAGACACAAUUUUUCAGUAUAUAACAUUUCAUUAUAUUUUGCUUCAGCUUUAGAAGGGUCAUCAGCUUUGGGGAAGCCAUCUCUAGAUUUAGCAUCGUUGGCAUUCAUACCACAAUUAUCAAUCUCUGCCAUCAUUAUUCCAUUAUUAUUCGCAAAGAAGAGUCUUAUCAACACAUUAUUUCUACAAACAUUUGCAUUUGUGACAUUCAAUAAAGUUAUGACAUCUCAAUAUUUCAUUUGGUUUUUGAUUUUCUUACCAAUUUACCUGAGAAAUUCAAGCUUAAUAAACACUAAUAAAGUCCAAGGUGCCUUUUGCUUGAUAUUAUGGAUAAUUUCACAAGGAAGCUGGCUAUUCUUUGCUUAUAAACUGGAAUUUUUGGGUGAAAGUACUUUUUAUCCUGGAUUGUUACUAAGUGCCAGUUUUUUCUUUUUGUCAAAUAUUUAUAUUUUAGGAGUUUUCAUU